UCUGUGACUGGCCAACCACUCUGGCCUCGACCUGUAACCAUUUUCUCAUCUUCUGUCUUAAUUGGCCCACCUCAAGUCCAUUUUUAAGUCCCCAAAAAGAAUGCGAUCGGUACGAAUUUUCGUGUGUGAUACGAUCCAACGAGAGUUUAUCUGCUCUCUUUAUAAAUAUCCAAUCUCCCAGCAAAAAAACAGAAGCAAAACAUAAUUAGAAAACACACCAUCUCUCUUUCACUUCUCUCUACCUGCUUUUGAUUCCUGUUUCUAUUCUCGUAUUGCUCUUCUUUCAAUCUUUUCUUACCCCAUCAUGGCCUUCACAACCGAAAUAGUCCAACGCCUAUCUGAAUAUUCUCAAAUCGCUCUUUUCCACUUGUCGAAUCUCUCGACAAUACAAAUCGCUGCAAUUCUUAUACUACUACCCAUUUUCCUAAAUGUCUUAUCUCAGUUCUUAUACUCUCUAAGAAAAGAUAGAGCUCCCCUAGUGUUCUACUGGAUUCCAUGGUUUGGUUCUGCUGUUGGUUAUGGUAUGAAUCCCUAUACGUUUUUCGAUGAGUGUCAAAAGAAAUAUGGCGACAUCUUCGCUUUUAUGCUAUUAGGCAGAAUUAUGACUGUCUACUUGGGUCCAAAUGGCCAUGAGUUUGUUCUUAAUGCCAAAGGUUCCGAUGUUUCUGCUGAAGAAGCUUAUAAACACCUAACUACUCCAGUUUUCGGAAAGGGUGUCAUCUACGACUGUCCCAAUUCAAAAUUAAUGGAACAAAAAAAAUUCGUUAAAAAUUCUUUAACAAAGGACUCCUUCAGAUCUUACGUCCCCAAAAUUAAAGAAGAAGUUUAUGACUAUUUAUCUACAAGUAAAAAUUACUCAAUUGGAUCAGGCAAAAUCAAUGGAAUCGCUAACGUUAUGGAAACUCAACCUGAAAUGACCAUUUUAACUGCUUGCAGAUCCUUAUUGGGUGAUGAAAUGAGAAAAAAAUUCGAUGUAUCAUUUGCUGACUUAUAUUCUGAUUUAGAUAAGGGUUUUACCCCAAUUAAUUUUGUAUUUCCUUGGUUGCCAUUUUUAUCCAUCUAUAAAAAAAGAGACAACGCCCAAAAAUCUAUUGCAAAGACUUACAUGUCCUUGAUCACCGAUAGAAGAAAGAGAAACGAUAUCCAAGAUAGAGACUUAAUCGACACUCUUAUGAAAUCCUCAACCUACAAAGAUGGCAAAAAGAUGACUGACCAAGAAAUUGCCCACUUAUUAAUUGGUGUCUUAAUGGGUGGUCAACAUACCAGUGCUGCAACUUCUGCCUGGUUUUUAUUGCAUUUAGCUGAUCAACCAGAAUUGCAAGAAGAAUUACUAAAAGAACAAAAAAGAGUCUUGCAAGGGAGAAAUUUUAAAGAUGGUUUAACUUACGACGAUCUAUCGGAAAUGUCUUUACUAAACAACGUCAUUAGAGAAACUCUUAGAUUACAUAUUCCUUUGCAUUCAAUUUUUAGAAAAGUUACUAAACCCUUGGUGGUUCCAAACACCUCAUUUGUUGUUCCAAAGGGUCAUUUUGUUUUAGUCUCUCCAGGUUACACUCAAUUAAACGACAAGUAUUUUCCAAAUGCCAACAAAUUUGAUCCCCACAGAUGGGAUGUCAAUAAAUCUUCAUCAAAGGAGGCCUCAACCACUGUUGACUACGGAUUCGGUGCUGUUUCUAAAGGUGUUUCUAGUCCAUACUUGCCAUUUGGUGGAGGAAGACACAGAUGCAUUGGUGAACAAUUUGCAUACAUGCAAUUGGGUACCCUUUUAAGUGUCUAUGUCAGAGAAUUAAAAUGGAGAUUACCAAAUGGCGUUGAAAAGAUCUCAGAACCUGACUAUCAAAGUAUGGUUACUUUGCCUUUGAGUCCUUCUUUGAUUUACUGGGAAAGAAGGGAAAAUAGGGAUGAUUAGUUUGAUUUUAAUUUUUUUUUAAAUAUCAUUUCUAUUCCCAUUCCCAUUCCCAUUCCCAUUCUUAUUGCCACUACUAUUGCUACUACUAUUUACUAUUCACUUAUUCCUUAUUAACUUCAUAUUCGACUUAUACUUUUUCUAUCUACUCUGUUUAUUUCAACUAUAUAUGUCUGUUAUAAUAUACUUCAAGUAAAUCUGCAAACAUCUUUCCCCAUCUCAGUUUUGGCGAUAACAGAAAAAGUCAAUUCUGAGCAUGAGGCGAUUGGUGCAAAAAACAAUAGUAGCUUGCAUCUUUUUCGUUGGCUCAAUAGAAUGAAUUAAACUCCCUCAAGGAGAACCAGUCUAUUGCAAUAGAUUUGUUGUUUAUUUGUUUAUUUGCCUAGCAAUACAAGAUGAGCAGUGGGAUUGGAAUAAAGCUUAUGGCUG